AUGGCUCUUGAAGCAACUAUUGUUUGUUUGGAUAACUCAGAAUGGAUGAGAAAUGGUGAUUUUGCACCAUCAAGAGCAGAAGCUCAAAAAGAUGCUGUCAAUUUAAUUUGUGCCUCAAAAACUCAAUCAAAUCCAGAAAGUGCUGUUGCAAUUAUGUCAAUGGCUGGUAAAACACCAGAGGUUUUAGUAACAUUAACUCAAGAAUUAUCAAAAGUUCUUGGAGGUGCUCAAGAAGUUAAAAUUAGUGGAAAGAUUGAUUUUUCAACAACUAUGCAAAUUGCCCAACUUGCCCUUAGACACAGACAAAAUAAACACCAACAUCCAAGAAUUAUAGCAUUUGUUGGUAGUCCAUUAAAAGAAACUAAAGAAGAAUUAAUUCAAUUAGCCAAACGUUUAAAGAAAAAUAGUGUAGCAGUAGAUAUUAUUAACUUUGGUGAAAUUACUGAAAAUACUGAUAAAUUAGAAGCCUUUUUUAAUGAUGUAAAUAAUAAUGAUGAAAGUCACCUUUUAACUGUACCACCAGGCCCACAUAUUUUAUCAGAUAUUAUUUUACAAUCACCAAUUGUAGAUGAAGGAUCAGGACAAUUUGGUAGUGAGUUUAUUAAUGCAGAUACUGAUCCAGAUUUAGCUAUGGCCCUUAAACUUUCAUUAGAAGAAGAAAAACAACGUCAAGAAAGAGAAAGAAAAGCAAGAGAAGAACAAAAUGGUGGAGCCCCAACUACUACCGCAGCAACAGAAAGUUCAAAUACAGAUGUCAACUUUGAAGAAGAUCCAGAGCUUGCUGAAGCCUUAGCACUUUCAUUAGCAACCGAUAAAAUGGAUGUUCAACCAUCAACUGAUUCACAAGAUCCAUCAGCCGAAGCAUUCAAAGAUCAAGACUUUUUAAAUUCAACUUUAAAUUCCCUUCCUGGUGUAGAUCCAAAUAGAAUUAAAAAUGAAUUGGAAAAUCUUGAAAAAAAAGAUGAAGAUAAAAAAGAUGAAGAAAAAAAAUAAAUAAUCAUAAUAAUUAAUAAAUAAUAUAUUACUUUUUUUUUUUUCCUGUGUGAAUAUAAUAGAACAAACCACAACCACAACAAUUUGUAUUUAAAUAAAAUAAAAU